AGUUGGUCUUUUGCAGUUAGCAUUUCCGUUUUCUCGUUAUCUGAAGGUGUUGAUUGGUUUUCUUGAGAUUUCAAUUCAAUCUCCGCCCCCUUUGGCUAAUCUACUUUUCCAAGAGGGCGGUCUCAUUGUCAUUAAUUCUUCUUUUGUAAUGAAUGAAGAAAUUGGAAAAAAAAAGUGGUUAGCAGUUUGGGAUUAGCGUGAGAAAAAGUCUUCUCGCCUUUGAUUAUUGAUCGAAUAAGUUUUAUUAUCACGUUUAUCUAUAAUAAUAUGAAGUACUCGUUCAAUAACUCGACUACUUUCGACAUGGCUUGUUCGCUAACCGAUACGGGUAUUGUGGAGGAUAUUCAUAGUACGAACUCAACUCCUCGUGUUCGACAGGUAUCGAAACGGAAAGAAACUGGAAUAUCCUCCAGCAAAUGGACUAAUAUUGCAACUAGCGUCGAUGCAAAGACCGUUAAACUACCUAGGAUAAUUGUUAGGGAUGUAAGCGGAAGAAUAUUGGAUACCGAAACAUCCUAUCAAAAAGCCAUCGCAGAAGCCCGUUAUAGGAUCAGUGUAGGAGAUUGUGUUCCUCCCGAUCCCGAACAGUGGAGACUUCCGAAUGGACCAUUACCAGCCAGACCCGACUACACUAGGAAAUGCCCUCCCCUACUUCGACCACAAUGGAGAAAUUUUCAAGAUUUAAAGAAAAGAGAAUUACAAUUGUCUUUACCAGACAAUUUUAAGGAAUCUUUAAGGUCUGAUGAAUAUGAAGAUCCUAUUAUUCAAAGAAUAUCUGUGGAGGAUGGUGAAUCACUUCCAGUUUUAGCUAACAUUGAAUGGUUAAGAAGAUAUCUUCGCGAUCCUAAGGGACAGGGGCACUAUGAUCCAACAUUCCUACCCUUCGUUGGCUUGGCUCCGACGGAAGAGAGAUCGUUGCUCGAAACGGAAAGGAGGGAGCCCGAUCUACCAAUGCCAAAAUUCUGUUACGGGUGCCGAAGAACAGGUCUUUGUUAUGGGUGUGAAAAAGGCUUCCAUCCGCACGUACACUCUGAUCGCCCUGUUCGAACUGGAGGAGGUUUUACAUAUUUUAAAAGAGACGUUCCUUCAUCCGAAUUGACUGGAAGGAAUCCCCUCUAUUGGAAAGUUGCUUAUGGCCCUCCGCCUAUGUAUGUUUUCUACGACGAAUUUUCUAUUGUGUUUUCGCCCCCUCUUCCCUACGUUCAAGAUAAGAGAAGAGUACAGGAAAACAUCGAUGAAUUCAAUAGUAGAAUGUCUCUACGAACAAGAAGAAUUGAAGAGGAAUCACCGCUACUGACAAGAUCGGAUAUGAGGGCUCCAAGUCCUGAAGACUCCUACGAAGAAUAUACUGAUAGGGAUUCGGGAAAAGGAACAACUCUAGACGAAAUUAAUAACAAAAGCUUGGAUAAGGAUAGUAAUUCGACAUUCCGACUAGGCCCAAUUUCUCAAGGUAUUAAAGUGCCAGGCGUUCACGAUGAUGCUUCAGAAAGUGGUAUUAGCGUCACUUCUCACCAUCAAACUUCUCGAUUACCGGUCUUGUCCGAAGAUAGAACCGAAUCCGAAAGUGGUAUUGAUACAGGAAGGAGCGGAAAACAUUCUGGAUUAUACAAAGCUCCUAAAGCUUUUACUCCGAAGAGGAAUAAUAGAAAGAUUACAUCGGGUCGUAGUCCAUUUUCUGAAGAAAGAGAUUUUAAUUUCGAAUAUGGAGAUGGUAUUAAGAUCAAGAAGAGUGAUAAGGAAACUACGAAAUUCUUGGAAAUCGACAGGGGUGAUGACUCUUGGAAUGAACCUAAAAAAUUCGAGACUAAAAGUCGAGAAUCAACAUCAAUAAGUACCGGCGAAUCAAAACGGAAGAAGGAAGGAAAACAUACUCCUCAAGUAAGCGACGAAUCGGAAGACAGAUCAAAAAGAAUAAAAAGGGACAGUCAACCAUCACCUGUUAAAUCGGAUAGGCAACACUCAAAAGAUGGUAAGUGA